ACUUAUUCAGGGAUACGUUGAGAACGAAGUGGAUCUAAACAACGAUGAGUCCUGUAGUGAAACUUGCUCCGAUUAUCAGAACACAACUACAAAAGGUUGCUUCAAACAAAAGUUUUGUUCUCAGCAGCCUCAAUGCUCGGGUCAUAUUUACGACUGUCAGUUUGUCGACUCGGACUUAUCUAUUUGUCAAUCGAAUGAGAAUAACACUCGUCGAUAUGAUUAUAUUGAAUAUGAAGACGGACAGAAGUUUGGACAAGGCGAGAAUUGUUCUCGAGACGUCAAUAAUGUUGAGAGCUGGCAUAGAUGGAUUUUCACAAAGUGCAGUUACUGUUUUUGUCUUUGCGAUGAGCCGGGACCAAAGUCUGAUCGGUACUUUAGCCUUCGCGAGACUUUAUCUGAUGUGAUGGCGAACAAAGUGGUGACUGGAGUGCGAUUUGUGAAGAAGAAUCGCAUUUUCCAUUUACAGAUACAGCAAGGACAACUCUUGCCUCGAGGAGCCAUCAACGAAUCAACUGUGGAGUGGGUUCCAAUUGAUGACUUCAAAAUAACCGAUCCUGAUGUUUGUGAUGGGGUCGAUUAUCAUUCAUUGAGUCACCAGGAACGUGGUAUAGAUCUGGAUGAAAUUUCAACUUUAGACGGCCAAGCUUCUGUGGUGACCGGGCUGCGUUUACGAGUAUUGAGUGGACGGCUGAAUCUCAUAUUUAUCAUCUCACAUAGACCACCAAACAAUGAAGAUAGACAAAAGGUAAAUCUCGAAAAUCUUGAUGUACCAACCCGAUCAACAAAUAGUUCACAACCAAUGUCAAAGAAUAAUCAAUACUUAGAGUUUGUGAACUCUGGAAUAAAACAAGAUGUGGCACAAACAACAAUUCCGUUUAUAGACAUUCAGGAUGUUGUUACAAGUCCUCCAGUUCCGUUGGCUGGAAUUGGCAUCUACUAUAAAAGUAGUCCGGGAUAUGGCGGCUUUGUGGCACCCAAAAUCAUCACCUAUGACAUUUCACGACACGUUCGGAAUGCCGAUUAGGAUUUGCAUAUUAAAUUAUUUUGAAUUUGUAAACAAAUUUGACUUAAUUAAAAUAAACUUGCUACA